AUGCCUUCGGAUGCUUGCAUCGAUGCAAGAAUUGUCAAUAAUAUCAGCCGGACGCAGUCGACGGGGUCGUCUGAAUUCGACCAGUUACGAUCGACCGCUCGAAGCACGACCGACAUGAGUAGCGAAGGACCUACAAACGACAGCGCAGAGGCGUCCAUUGUAGGCUCUGACUCUAGAAGCCCUGGAGACUUGGUAGAGCUCAUACAACAAGCUUCUCGGGUUCCCAUGUUCGCGAUAUACCUUGGCUACUUCGGUGAUAGGAACCAUUUUUAUGCCCUCAAUGGGAAAUGGAUCACAAGCAUGGGGUAUUCGCCACUCUUCACAGUUUCCAACUUCGUAACGCCUCCGGAAAUGCAGUCUGUACUGGCCAAGAUUCCCAAGGAUGGUACUCCCGAGCACUUUGACGAAUUACGCAACGACGACAAAGGGCCCUUGAGGCAAGACGGCGUCCAUCUCAUUACUAAAAUGACGAAAUUCAGGACGACUUCCGAGGAAAUUUAUCAAGGGAACAUGGCCAAGCUUGACGGUGCCCGUGAGCUGCUGUCCAGCGCACGACGUGUCAAGUAUCUCAGCCUGUUCGAAAUCGCAGACAUGUUACUUCCGGAAAACCUCAAAGGGGAAGAUGGCUUUUCUCCACCAGCUUUGUACGCUGUGCACACGGCCUUGUCCCGCAGUGACAUUGCAUUCAGUCCAUUGAGCCCUUCGGCAGACUGUCACCGGCGUGAUCACUUGUUCGAAGUGUUUCCCCAAAACCACGCGCACGUCGCAGCCAAAGUUGCGGCUUGGGUACGCCAAUACACAGAUUCGAGUGCGAAGAAAUCGCGGCCGCUCAAUGACAGUGAAUUGGAAGAAAUUGCUUUGGGAAGAUUUGUCAUCCAAGCGAGGGAGGCCGUUUAUCACAGCCGUCAGACCCGGGAAUGGACUCCGCAUGGGAUAUUGAAAACAUCGCCCAGCGUGACGCUACCCAAGGUGGACUGGUCCCCCGUCAGCAAAGACGUGAUUUCGUUCCUAGAGUGGUGGGCGAGCUACGAUUUGUUCGGCGCUGGAUCCCGGUUUCAUUCUUACGGCGCACUCAUUCUUCGGUCAUUGUGCCUCUAUGACAAUGCCACCCUCGAUCAGAGCACUGCUUGGACGUUUCUCCAGGAAAUUGGGGUCAUCGCACCGUGGGAAAUUGCUUCUCGAUACAGGGUUCGUUUUCCAGGAACUACUAUUGCCAGAGGUGGCGGCAUUAGUCGUCCGAAACCUCAAGACCUGCUCAAGUCUACACGGCCUGACAUUGCAGAAGGCAGCAGAAAGAUGAGGACUGGUUCGCGAAUAUUCUGCAUCGAUGCCCCUUCCACAAUGAUCAUCGAUGAUGGUGUUUCACUGGAGCGUACGGAUCAGCCUGGCGAGUUUUGGAUUCACGUGCACGUGGCAGACCCAGCGUCAGCCAUUCAACCCGACUCGGAGCUCGGGAGGUUCAUGGAGCUGAUUCCAGAGAACAUCUACCUUCCCGGACACUUCCAGGCGAUGCUACCAUCGGAGUUGGGGGAGGAUGAUUCCAAAGACUACAAGUCAGAGAGCUUGGUACAGCAGUAUUCACUUGGACCUGGCUGUCCAGCGUUAACGUUUAGCGCAAAAGUCAGCGACGCAGGCGAUGUCCUCGAUUAUCGAGUUGAGCCCAGCACGCUAGGGGAAGUCACCUAUCUGGAUCCCAAAGAUGUGGCCGAGUUCUGCGGCGAGCAAACGCCGCCGUUUGCCACAGGCUACAACAGCCUCGAGGUGGGAACGCCCCCGGAUGCCUCGACCGCAGCCCCUGAGCGCAACAUGACAUCUGUACAAGAAUUGGACGGAUCAAGUCAGGAGGACAUACUGACUCUUUAUCGCCUCGCCGAAUCGAUCAAACAAAAGAGGUUAUCAAAGGGGGCAUGGCCAUACUUUUUCCCACGACCAUCGGUUCAGGUGUGUUUCCACGACGCAAUACCGGAAGCUGGGGCUACGCAGGGAGCUACGUCAUUUCCGCCGGACCCAUACAUCAAAGUCGGCACGGAGUUGUUUACCGGGUGUUCUGUCGUGUCCAACACGAUGGUCCUCGCGGGAGAAAUUGCGGCACGCUGGUGUUCGGACCGCGGGAUUCCCAUUCCAUAUCGCAAGGACGUCAAGUCGGCAGAAAACUUGGAGGCAGCACUCAACUUUGCCACAAAGGAGGUUUAUCCGCUGAUCAACCAAGGCAUCGAGCCGUCAGCCACUCACCGACAAGAGCUGUCAAGACUGACGGGAGGAAUCCAAAUCUCAUCAGAGCCCGGGCCAUAUUUCCUUCUAGGGGUGGACAUGUAUGCAAAGGCAACGUCCCCGCUGCGAAGGUUCUCCGAUCUCCUCGUGCACUGGCAGAUACACGCGGCGCUAGCGUAUGAAAGGAAAGUGCAGCGACGGAUCGACGCAACAAGCGACGCGUUGGACGACAUUCUCCCAUUCUCGACCGCAUCGCUAAGAACCACCCUCCCACUCCUGUUCAUGCGCGAAAGAAUGGCCAAGACAGUCUCCCGCGGCACGGUAGACUGGAUUCUGAUUGCGCUGGUUCGAGCGUGGCGCUUCGAGGACAAGGCACCGCGCACGCUUCGCUUCACCGUCAGUUCACGCGGGCGCCAGGGCCUACUGGGCCGCCUCGACAUGUUUGACCUGAGCGCCGCCAUGGACGUUGCCGGGCUGAACGGGUGCCGUCUCGUCAGGGACAUUCACGCCGGCGAUGAGUUCGAAGUCGAGCUGGUGGAUGUGAAUGUGCACUCGAGACAGAUUCUGGUCAAGGCGCUCAGAUGCCUCGGCGGCCAGCAGCCUCUCGGCUCCGGCAACACUGCGCCUGCUGGUGCCGUCGCGGACACCACACCUCGCAUGGGCUCCUCGUAA